CAGCGAGAAGUGCCACAUCAUAAUAAUUCGCUCGGGCAUUGUGAUGUCGCUGAAUAUACUGGCUCUCUGCCUGCUGGCUUGUAUUCACUCUGGCAGUAAUGCAUCUCCAGCCAAGCCCGCCAGUCCCCGGGAAGGGGCACCCCCCGAGGAUCUUGCCAAAUAUUAUUCUGCACUAAGGCACUACAUCAACCUCAUUACAAGACAAAGGUAUGGGAAACGAAACACUCCAGAUACUGUUUUCUCAGAUGUGUUGGUGAAGGAGAGCACAGAGAGUAUUCCAGGAUAUAACUAUGUCAGAUAUGAUGGGCUGCCACUGUGGUGAUGCUGCUGGAGCUGUCUGCCACAAAGCUUCUGCCUGUCUGUUACAGACAUGAAAUGAACUUGUGUUGCAUGGAAUAAAUAUUGUAUGAUACAGUUAGCUUUGCCGUAAAUGUUGCCAGUGUUACGCUUAAAACAAAUUUGCAUCAACAAGCACCAUGUACCAGCUUGACUGUGUGUGGGUCUGUUGAGCUUGUGUCAUUCACUGAUAGACUAACAGUGCUCUCUCCUGGUGAACUGGCAUCUGAAGAUUUUGAGAAUUUGUCAAGUAGGGGGGCAAAUACCGUGAAAUUCGUGUUUGCUGUUAAUAUUCCAUCAGGGUGAUGGG